AUGCCCCAGGCAGCUUCAAGGUCACCCAGCGCAAUGAAUAUAGCACCUCCCAAUCCAUCUGAGCCAGCGACAGCGGAGCUGGCAACCUCCACCAACCCCAUCGCUGCUGGGAUUGCAGAGGUACUCCAGGCGAUUGCUACUGCAAGUAGUCGAGGACAGUCUCCUCCUUCGACGCCAAUAAUGAUCGAGUGUGGUGAAAGGGUCAUGGCCCUGGGCAGAAAGCGAAUGGCAGCAAUGAACGGUCGGAACGCGUUCUUGUACUUGAAGAGCAAGUUUGGGCUGCUGAGCACGUCGAAUGCAUUGUACCUCUCAGCCAGUUUCUUGUGGUGUAAGACUCAAGAGGCCAUUUCUUGGAGUGCCGGUAAGGCGGAGCCGCACGUGCCUGGAAUUUGGUGUGUUACCACUGCCAGGGCCCAGCUCUUUCUUCCAACCACCAUCCACUUUUCUACCUCUGCCCCAAAACCCUCGCCCUCUCUCACCACAAAACCACGGUCCCACCUGAGCCCCGACUUGCCCAUUGAAAUCAUCGCAGAUAUUUUGGAUCAUGUUGGAGACUGGGAACUCACAAGGGCAUUGAACGUACCAACCUCGCUUCCCCGUCCAACAGAUUGGACUCGAGCAACCAGCACCGAUGAAGCUGUCCUCAAAGGGGAUGUCCGCGCCAUUCGUCGAGCCAAUCCCAGUGCCACCAACCCCUUGACCAAGCUCGGUGCAGUGUCGGCCAUCCGCUUUGGCUACGUCAAUGUACUGGAGCAUUUCCUCUCUCACCACCACAAAAUGUUUCUCGCUGCAUUCAAGGAUGACCUCAUCCCCAUAAAGGCAUCUCGGCACGGCAGAAUAAACGUUCUCAAUUGGUGGAAGCAUGGCUUUCAAUCCCAUCCCGACUUGGUCCCUGCACCUGAAGCAUCGUCAAUAUCAGAGGCUGUAGACGGGGCAUCUCGUAAUGGGCAGGUCGCUUCCCUGGAUUGGUGGCUCAACCAUGGUCCGACGUUUGACUACACGGAAGCUGCACUGGAGUAUGCGAGCGCGAAGAACCAGCUUGCGGUGCUCGACUGGUGGAAGGAGCAGUAUACCCUUAAGGGUGUGCCUCUGAAGAUCGGUCGGGUCAUGGAUAUGGCGAGCACUGCUGGCCAUGUGGAGGUUCUGGAGUGGUGGGCAACAUCGCAGCUGGAGUUCAAGUACGACAGACACGCGCUUCAGCAUGCAAGUUGCCACGGGAAGGUGGAAGUGCUGCAGUGGUGGCUUGGAAGUGGGUUGCAAUUGAUCUUCGACCAAGAGGCCCUUACCGGAGCCACGAGACAUAAUCGGCCGGAGGUAUUGGAGUGGUGGGAUAAAUCUGGAUUGCCGAUCCAAUAUCGGAUGUGUGAUAUAGAGGAGGCGCUGGAGGAUGCGAUUGGUGGCGGGGACGCCGCCAGAGCUUGGUGGAAAGCCAAGGGCGUAGACUUCAAUGCCAACGACAAGGAGUGGAUGAAACUCCAAACGCUUAAUUGA